AUCCAGUCGAUCCACAGAUUCGACCAGCCUUCGACCAGCCUCAGCAAGUAGGCUGCCGCAAGCGUGAGCCAGCGCGUUUCACGGCUGACCACUGCUUCAGCAGCCGACCUGCUGUGCUUGCCACCUCGUCGAAGGUCUUCGAACGCAAGAAAUGUCUUUUGCCGCGAGCACUGCCGCUCUGUCGACGAAAGCGGUUCCCCGUCAUUCAGCUCUUUGCGGGUUUAACGGUCAUGAGGCUUCGCUGAAGAGCAGGCAACUGCUGGGAACUACAUUUUCCCCUUCCAUCGCACAAGGUCAGUCAGCUCAAGGUAAUGCCAUUCAGGUCCCUUCCUCCGGAAGAACGACGACUCUCAGACGGCAAGGAGCGGCCAGAUGCGGAUAUGCAGUGAAGGAGUCGCGAGGCGGAAUCGCAGGCGAGGGCUUCCGAUUUGGAGUGGUGGUGUCCAAAUUCAAUGAGAUUGUAACGAAGCCUCUACUAUCGGGGGCGAUUGACACGUUCAGGCGGCAUGGUGUGGACAAGGAUCACAUUGAGGUGGCGUGGGUGCCGGGCAGCUUUGAAAUUCCCCUCGUGGCCCAGGAGAUGGCGAAAUCAGGCAACUUUGACGCCGUGCUCUGCAUCGGUGCUGUGGUGCGAGGCUCCACCACACAUUAUGAUGCUGUGGCAAACAAUGCUGCAAGUGGCGUCCUGAGUGCAGGGCUCAACUCAGGCAUUCCUUGUGUCUUUGGAGUUCUCACGUGCGAGACAAUGGAGCAGGCAAUGGACAGGGCGGGAGGCAAGCUUGGCAACAAAGGAGCUGAGGCUGCCAUCACAGCGAUUGAAAUGGCUAGCCUAAUGGCCAUGCUCCGUGCCUCUGGCUCCGCUGCCCUUGAGGCUCCGGAGUGAUCAUUGUUCCCUGCGAGUACAUGCUCUUGUUUGUGGUCCUCCAUAUCAAUUGCGAGUCACCAGAAAUUUUUGUAACUUCUGAGUUUAUAGUGGUUACAUGGUACAUGCUUCAGAUUCUGACCCACGUUCUGUCAGUAUCGUGCUGUCCAUCAUGUUCGUAUGGUAGGGAUCGGAGUCCCCUA